AGAGUUUCUGAGCAUCUGGAAUCCCGGCCACAUGUAAAGGCAGAUUAUUUUCUGUUUGGAUGCUAGGAGAAUGUAACUGCAGUUUGUGAGCUUGGCACAAACAGCAAUGGGAGCCAAUAAUUCAACUAAGACUACUGUGUGUGACGAAAAUGAAGACGUUAAUUUUAACCACUUUGAAAUUCUCAGAGCCAUUGGCAAGGGCAGCUUUGGAAAGGUUUGCAUCGUUCAGAAAAAUGACACCAAGAAAAUGUAUGCUAUGAAAUACAUGAACAAACAGAAAUGCGUGGAACGCAAUGAAGUGCGAAAUGUAUUCAAAGAACUGCAGAUCAUGCAAGGUCUGGAGCAUCCAUUUCUAGUGAACUUAUGGUAUUCUUUCCAAGAUGAAGAAGACAUGUUCAUGGUGGUAGACCUUCUUCUUGGUGGAGACCUGAGGUAUCAUCUACAGCAAAAUAUACGUUUCACAGAAGCCUCAGUAAAACUUUUCAUCUGUGAACUGGCACUGGCACUUGAUUAUCUCCAGAGUAACAAUAUCAUCCACCGAGAUAUCAAACCUGACAAUAUUCUACUUGAUGAACAAGGUCAUGUACAUAUAACAGAUUUCAAUAUUGCUACUCUCGUGACCAAAGGUUCAAAGAUCACCACGGUAGCUGGAACCAAACCUUACAUGGCUCCUGAGAUGUUCUAUCCAAGAACACAGAUAUGCUACUCAUUUUCUGUUGACUGGUGGUCUUUAGGAGUCACUGCAUAUGAACUUCUAAGGGGCAGGAGACCAUUUCACAUCCACUCAAGUACAUCAGCCACGGACAUAGUCUACGUGUUCCACACAGCCACAGUUACCUACCCUCCUGCCUGGUCGAAAGAAAUAAUAACGCUACUGCACAAACUGCUGGAUAGGAAUCCAGAAGAGCGAUUGUCGUGCCUGGCGGAUAUAAAAGAAAUCCCGUGUUUAUCUGAUAUUAAUUGGGAUGCUGUUCUGCACAAGAAGCAGCUUCCAGAAUUUACCCCAACGAAAGGACGGCUAAACUGUGACCCAACAUUUGAACUUGAAGAAAUGAUCCUAGAAUCCAAACCUUUACAUAAGAAAAAGAAGAGGCUGGCAAAGAGGGUUAAGGACACUGGGAAAGGUUACUCUGCACUGAAUGCCAAUUUGCAGAAACAUUUGGACACAGUGGAGAGGGAUUUCCUUGUCUUCAACAGGGAAAAGAGCAGACAAGAUGUUAAUGAGAACCUCACAGUGGAUCAAACCAAAGAACAAGACGAGGAUGGAAAAAACAAUAAUGUGCAGAUCUCAUAACCUCUAGAAUUCCAACCGAUUCCAAUGCAGCCAUUGGGGUUAAGGACUGAUUGCUCUAGAACAGACUUAACUAAUACAUAGCACUCUCUGUAUAUAAUAGAGCUUUAUGUUACUGCUUGCGGGAAACGGUUGUCGAUAAAUUACAGACGAUUGCAAGAACUGUAUCGUUUCCAGAAAGUUCUUCAUAGGUUCUUCAUAGGAAACAAACGUGAUAAUUACAUGUUUGUACUACAGCGCUGAAUCUCACCUUCAUAUAUUUAUUUUUAACUUGAAAUAUAUAGAUAUUUACUUUUUUAUAGACUCAAGAUAACGAUGCAUCUUAAUGUAGAUACAUCUGUAUGAAGAAUUAAUUUGUAGAUUA